AUGGUAUCUCCACUGGGGCCCCGCCGGUCCCCACUCAGCGAACGCCGCUCUAUUGAAACAGUGGCUAAGAAGGCACCUCUCGGCAACCGCCGCUCCCGCCAACGCGGCUCGACCGUCACCUCGGAGCUGCUCGAGACAGUGCAGCACGAGCUCCGGGUCGAGAAGGAGCUUUGCGCCUGGGGAAGAGGGCUCGACUGGCGCCCGUGGGAGGCGGUGACGCCCGCGUCGGUCGAAUGCGGAGUGUUCUCGCUUGACCUCUGA